GUUUAAGGAUGAGUUAGUAUGCUAUAACAGGAGUGGACGCACUGGUGAGAUUAAGUGAUAUAACGGGACUAGUGUUGAGGAUGCGUUAGGAUUACAUAACGUGACCAGAUUUAAGGAUGAGUUGAGAUGAUUUAGCAUGAUUGGAUUGAAGGAUGGUUUAGAAUUAUACUGAGUUUAGUAGGUUAGUUGUUUGGGAGGGAGACAAACUAAGAAAGUGAACUUACCCACAAACACGGCGAAAAACCAAUCUCACUACCAUGUUUAACACCUCCUUACCGUCUGUGUACCCUUGCUACGCGUCUGUUUGGCGUUAUCGAUUGAUUCCAUUGCACGCUACACCGCUCAAGUAGUGUACGAUCUAAAUACAGUAUAAGCAAACACUGUAACACAGGUUAAAAUCGGUGAUUCAAACUUUCGUUUAAGAAGAUUCGCUGAAAGAGUGUGAUUACCUGGUUUAUUUAUAAAUCAGCGGAUAACAUGAUUUCGGAGUUACAGUUAAAACUGCCCAAGCGACACUUCAUAAGAAUGUUUGAAUAAAGGAUCGACAAACAAAGAAAACGCCGGAAAAGUAAAGAAGACGCAUUAAGAAAUCUUCUGCCAUUGGUAACGAGUGGAUGAUAACACCUGAUAAUUUGAAUGCUAACUUUAACUGUGUCUUCCGGCCAUAUCAUCCGCGAACAACUUUCAACAGCAUCUAAUCUCUCUGUGCCAUGAUAGAGAAAAAAAUUUGAGCGUCUUCUUAGAUAAAGCAUUAAACCAGAUGUAGGUUGUAACAAUAUCAACCUUUUAGUUCGAUUGUGAUUUUCGUUGUGAUGAUUUACUGACCUUGCAUGCAAUCGUUAAUGACUUUUUUUAUUGAAGCCAACCGUUCAGAUUGAGUUACCAUGGCGACUGUGGCUGGUACCUAUCUCCACGUGUCUGACAUCGUAGUCAUCAUCGUUUACUUCCUGCUCGUGCUAUUCGUUGGAUUAUGGAGUUCACGAAAGAACAGGGGUAGCGCUGGCGGGUAUUUCCUUGCCGGACGAAAUAUGAACUGGAUUCCGGUCGGAGCUUCGUUGUUUGCUAGCAACAUCGGAAGCCUCCACUUCGUCGGCAUGGUCGGUUCUGGGGCAGCCGCCGGCAUCGCCAUAUACCUCUAUGAGCUGAACGCCAUGUACGUUUUGAUGAUACUUGCCUACAUAUUUCUUCCUGUAUACAUCGCAUCUGGGGUGUUCACGAUGCCGGAGUACCUGAAGUUGCGAUUCGGCGGGAACCGGAUACAGAUCUAUUUGGCCGUGCUGGCGCUUCUAGUCUACAUCUUCACCAAGAUCUCAGCAGAUUUAUACGCAGGGGCCAUUUUCAUCGAGCAGUCUCUCAACUGGAAUAUUUAUCUGUCCAUCCUAGUACUUCUUGCCGUGGCUGCGGUGUUCACAAUAGCGGGCGGCCUGACAGCGGUCAUCUGGACUGACUUCAUCCAGACCAUCAUUAUGUUGAUAGGAGCACUCGUCUUGGCAGUCAUGGCGUUCAUAGAGGUGGGCGGUUUCGCCGGGAUCAAGGCCAAGUACCCGGAUGCGGUCUCCAACCACACGCGCCACAGCGAAGCGAACAGCACGUGCGGGCGGCCACGGGGGGACUACAUGCACCUCUUCCGGGACCCUGUUACCGGUGACAUACCCUGGCCAGGCCUAAUCGGUAUAACAAUCAACUCCAUAUGGUACUGGUGUUCGGACCAGGUGAUAGUGCAGCGCGCCCUUGCGGGGAAGACGUACGACCACGCAAAGGCGGGCACGAUCCUGUGCGCGUACAUCAAGAUACUUCCGCUCUUUAUGCUCGUUCUUCCGGGCAUGAUUGCGCGCAUCCUGUUUCCAGAGACUGUGGGAUGUACAGACCCGGAAAUAUGUAAAGAAGUGUGCGGCAGUCCUGGGGGCUGUUCAAACGUAGCAUACCCCACCCUUGUAGUUAACCUACUUCCUCCAGGUGCGCGCGGUAUGAUGCUCGCGGUUAUGAUGUCAGCGCUGAUGUCAUCGUUGACGUCAAUAUUCAACAGCAGCAGCACCAUAUUCGCCAUGGAUAUCUGGACCCACAUCCGGAAGAAGGCGUCCGAACUGGAGCUGAUGAUUGUGGGAAGGAUGUUCGUGAUUGUCCUGGUCGUUAUAAGUAUCAUCUGGAUCCCGGUCCUGCGAUUGACUGGUACCGAGCUUUAUGUGUAUAUCCAGGAGGUGUCCAGUUUCCUACAGCCGCCUAUCUGCUGUAUUUUCCUCCUAGCCAUAUUUUGGCCUCGCCUUAACGAGCAGGGCGCGUUCUGGGGCUUAGUUUUCGGAAUGUUGGUCGGCCUGGCCCGCUUCGUGGGCGAGUACUCAUUCAAAGCGCCCGUGUGUGGGGAGGAGGACACCCGCCCCGGUAUUAUCAAGAACUUCCACUAUCUAUACUUCUCCAUAUUUUUGUUCGUUGUUACCGGAAUGGUCGCCACUAUCGUUACCAUGGCCACCAAACCCAUAGAUCGCCGCUGUUUGUACCGGCUCACAUUCUGGACGCGGCACAGCAAGAAGCCGCGUCUGGAUAUCGACUCCAUGCACGCGGAAUACUCGAGCUCGAGCAGUGAAACCUCCUCCGAGUCACAUGAACGCGAGAUGCAGGUGCUCAAACAAACAGACGAGAGUGAGGAUUUUCCAGAAAAGCCAGAGAAUACCGAGGCGGGGGACGUUAUAGUUGAAGACUCCGAAAAUAACGCAAACCACGGAGGUACUUCCUGUUAUCGCCGGAUAUUCAACUGGAUCUGUGGACUGGAGAAUGUCGACAAGACUCAUAUAAACAAGCGGAAGCGCCUAAGUCCACCUUACAGCCCGGAUUUGGCCCCUAUGGACUUCCGCGUCUUCCCGGAAGUUAAAUCACAGUUGCGCGGUAUUCGCUUUGCAAGUAAACAGGAACUUACAGUUGCAGCAAAGCGAAUCGUGUCGUCUUUUGACGCUGACUGGUAUAGAGACACGUUUGACAAGUGGAUUUCCCGACACAUAAAGUGCAUUCGUAUUGGAGGUGAUUAUGUGGAAAAGAUUUGACAGUUGUUAACUUCAUAACGUCAUUGACUUUGAACAGAAACGUUACACGUGCGUCGGUGUGCGCAUUGUGCACAUGUUUAAAUCUCUGAUAUAUAUUUAUUGUUUUAUGUAUUUCCAUGAUAUUGGGAGAGUAGAUUUGGAAAGGACGAAAUAUUCUUAACAUGCUAUUUGUUUGUCCAUUUAUGUUACCAAAUGAAAGUUAUAGCGAAAAUCCACGAACUUCUGGAACACCCCUCGUAAGUUAAGAUGCACAUCGUACAUGUAUGGUAUACAUGCUGGCGAAUUCGGCUGUACAGC